GAGGAUGCGGCAGCCAUUUUGGAUUAUCGGCGUAGCACCGCGAGCCCGCGUAUGUAUGCGUGCGUGUGUAUAGUGUAACGAGGAAGUCGUCGUCGCGUAUACUUGGAGUGCAUCACGUCGUCGAGACGAAGGAGUUUCAUUGUUGGUGAUUAGUCGCGUCGCGUAAUAACCCCGACGACGGUAAGAUGGGCCGGAAGAAGAAGAAGCAGUCGAGACCCUGGUGCUGGUACUGUAAUCGAGAAUUCGAAGAUGAAAAGAUUCUGAUUCAGCAUCAGAAGGCAAAACAUUUCAAAUGUCACAUAUGUCACAAGAAAUUGUACACAGGACCAGGGCUCAGUAUCCACUGUAUGCAGGUACACAAAGAAACUAUAGACAAGGUACCAAAUUCGUUGCCGAAUCGUAGCGACAUCGAGAUAGAAAUUUAUGGAAUGGAGGGCAUACCUCCAAACGACGCAAAGGAACACGAGAGGCAACGAAAUGGUGGUAGGCCAGGUUCACCCAGUUCUGGCGAAGAUGAGCCGGUGACGAAGAAAGCAAAACCGGAGGGUUUGCUGGGCUCAGCGCCGGCGAUGCCUGGAAUGGCCGGAAUACCUGGGAUGACGCCACAACCCACUUUACCACCGAUGCCACCUGGUAUGGCACAUCCUAGCAUGGCACCGCAUCCUGGUAUACCGCCGCAUCCUGGAAUGCCACCUAUGCACCCCAUGAUGUCGAUGGGUCACGUGGGUCCACCGUUUAUGAGCUCGAGUAUGAUGUCCGGCAUGACGGGUAUGCCUUCUGGUAUGCAACCGCCUGCGUCAGGCGCGUCGAUUCCUCCGACGCGUCCACUUUUCCCGAGUGCCGCGGCCGUUUCGACGGCGGCGUCAACGGCGGUCACAUCCGCGCCUCUCGGGACAGAUUUCAAACCGAUCACGUCGGUGGCAGGCGGCUCCAUAGGGCCGGUAAAACCGACAUUCCCCGCUUACAGCACCGCCGAGACUGCUGGCACCACGUCUAGCAACAACCUCGGUAGCGAUCAAAAGGUGAAUUUAAUUGCAACCACCGGGGCUGCCAGUAAAAUCAUUCAUCCUCCGGAAGAUCUCAGUUUGGAAGAAAUUCGAGCGAAGUUACCGAAGUACCAACGUCGUGCCGAUGAGCCGCGAUCGGCGCAGUCGGAGGCGAGCCAACAACAACAACAGCAAGCUGCCGCGUUGCAGCAAGCGCAGCAACAGCAACAGCAGCAGCAGCAAGCGCAGCAGCAGCAACAGCAGCAACAAGCGGCUGCUGCGAACGCGGCCGCCGCGUUUCAGGAUCAACAGCAGCGACAGCAGGCGGUUGCGCUGAGCGCCCUGCAACAGCAGCAGCAACAGAGGUUUCCGAGGCCGCCGCAGGUGAUGGUACCGGCCUCGGCGGCCGCGAUGCCUGUGAAUUCGGUCGCCUUAAUGGCACCACUUAUGCGACACACGAUGACACUAGCCGCGCCUGCUCUCAUUCAUGGAGGUAACAUGAUGCGACCGCCCCCCAUGGGCAUGCCACCAGGUAUGAUAGGAGCCAUACCACCGGGUGCGAUGCAUCCGGCCUUUCCCAUGGGAUUCCCGGCGCCGAUGCUAGCACCGAUGAUGCAUCCACGCUUCAGAUGAUCACCCCCUAUGGACGGGCCCAAUCCCCCGCCGUUGCACUUCGUGCUGUGGGCCCGCCCCUAAGUCUCGCUGGGGUCUGGACCUGACCGAGAAAGAGACACGGACAUAUAUAGUUGACACGACGAGGAAAAAGGGAAAGAAAUGAGAUAUAUGAAAAGAGAAAGCAAGAGGAGAGGGAGGGGGAGAGAGGGGGGAAGGAGAGAAAGAUAAUGGGAGUCGAUUCGUGCGGUGAAGUUCUCGCAUCUACUUUGAUUUACACCGCGCAAUUCGAUCGCAUCCUCUCCCAUCGCGACGGUUGGAUGAUUCAAGGUCCUUAUUUUUUUUUUUAAUCAUAUCGUUGAAUGGAAGACAGAUGAAACUACACAGACAGACAGAGACAGAGAGAGAGAGGGGGGGAGUGAGAGAAAGGGAGGGAGAGAAAGAGAAAGAAAGAUUGACACACACCGCACGCCCACGUCAGUGCCUGAGAGGAUUUUUUCGAAAAAUCGCGCGCGCUGGAAACGGUCGAUUUUUUCGUCCUCUUCUUAUGCUACUACGAUUACUGUCACUAUUACUGCUACUUCUUUUUUUCUGUCUCUUCUUUAUCAUCAUCAUCAUCUUUACCUACCACAAAAUGUCAGCAAAGCAAACACAUACGUCAAUUAUCCAUUCGACGCGAGAGCGGUACAAAUUUAUGAGAUCUAUUUUGAACACGAAACCGUAUCCAAGAUGGAUCGUACGAAUUAUGAGAUUAUCUUGCUUUCACGACGAGUUCUUUUUGAUCACAGCAUUGAUUAAUCGUGACGCGAAAAAAAUGAAUUGAUUGUAGUUUCGACAACAACGAAAUGUCACAUACCAUCCCUUGUUUUCUCCUUGUUUAAAGAGAGAAAGAAAAAAAGAUAGAGAAAGAGAGGAACGAGAGAGUGGGAGGGAGUGAGAGUGAGAGUGAAAGAGAUCCUGCUCCUUUCGCGCCAGUAGACCGUUUCCACGCGCUGUCCCUCAGCCUGUGCACCAGACCUUUUGGAGGAGACGCGAUCGCGGACAAGGUGGCGCUUCACGCUGCAGCUGGACUCGAAUCGCGAUCCUCUCAACUAAAGUAGGAUUCCCGAGUGAGUCUAAAGGCGAUAUUUCGAUAGUUCGAUCUCCUGCAUAUUUACAAUUGCCUCAAGUAUAUGAUUUUUCGAGUUAUCAUACGGUUAUUUAAUUGACCAGAUGGUAUCUUGAGAUCAUCCAAGACCUUACUUGAAACAAUUUAAAUACAAGAUCGGAUUAUAAAUAUCUGUCUAAGGGAGCGGAGACAGUCCCUCUCGGAACUGCUCCGUUUCUGUUUUUCGAAACUUCUUAAUCUUCAUCUCGCGAUAAUCACAAGCUAACUCUCGAGGUCAGAGGGCUCGCGGUGUUCGGAGUGAUCGAAUACGCAUCCGCGAAUCUUGAAAACGCGAGCGCUAAAAGCGCGUUACUUCUCGGUUUUUCCCCAAUCUAGGAUAUUUUGCGUGAGUUCUGCUAACUUUGUUUUCGAGCAAAUUGAAGCUUACGUGUCACAUCCUUGCGUAAUUUAUUUAAAUAGCUUUGAUCCAAACCGAUUAAAAAAUCCGAUCUUCAGAAUUUCUCUCUAGUGAAAGUAUUCAAUGAUCUUUUGCGUUUUGGUUGGGAUUUUUGAGAAUUGAAAAAAAAAGUUACGAAUAAUAAGUUUAGCGUGCCUACAUAGGAUAUAUAUUAUGUUGGAUAUCGAGUUGAACUCGAGUUUGUUAAUGUACGGCUUCAAGAUAUAAGUUUUUCUUUCUUUUAUUCUACUUUUUAUCAUUUUUAUUUCGAGGUUUAGAUCGAUUAUAUGGGAUGCGUUCUCGAUCGCUCCGUGUAAGAUAAAAAAAAAUAGCGUAAUUCUUUUGUCCCCGGGGCGGUAAGUUAAAUCCCUGUGGUUCGUUCAGGGUGUUAUUGACGGCGGAGAAUAGUCUUGGUACGAUACACGUUUUGUCGAAGCAGAAUCAAGAGAACCGGAAUCAAGAGAGAGCAUAUAUUGAUUCGAAAAAUUUGGCCACUCUCACGACACACACGUUACAGUUUAGAACUUUUGCUAGCCGCAGUGUGAAGAUUCGCUCGCCUCAGGUUAGUCUGUCGCAAAUUUUAUUUUGUUAACACUCUACGGUCAAGUCGAUGAACUCCGUGCGACACGGCGAAAAAGAAAUAAAGAGAAAAUUAUGAUAUUAAAUGACAUUAAAAUAGGGGAAAUUUUGACCAGGGAAAAAAUUACGAUCAAUAUUUAUAUAAUUUACGAAACUAUAAUUUCCUUGGGAGAUGUUAUCGAGAAGAUGUUAUCUUUACUCUCGAGUGCGAUAUUUUGUUAAUUACAUGUAAAUUUACCAAAAAUUCGAGACUCUAACGAAUGUUUACAUUUGCAAGUUGACCGACUGGAUUUUAACGUUUACAAAUUUUGUAGAGAUAAUUGGCAAAAUCCAGUUGAAGUACAUUACAGAUAUGUUGAAUAAAUAUGCCAUUCGCAUGAAUCAUUCGGACGAAUUUAAUUUGUGCGAUUGAAAACGCAUGACCGCUCUCUCGAACGCCGGGUCGACGAUGAGAGUAAUCGGCUCGACUUAAGAAAAAAAAAAAAAGCCCCCUUUCCCUUGCAAGGAACAUGAGUCGGCGACGCAUGAGUGAGUGGUAAGUACGGAGGGUGCUCACGGAAUCGAACACCAGCUCUCUACACUCGACUCACGCCGUUUUCUUCACUCUUCCUUUACCACGUCAUCGGAUUGCCGCCGAUCGUAGAGCCUGAUCGUUGUGAUUGAAUCUGUACAGACUUUACACACGUCCGUUCUUUAUACAGCUGUAUCGGUUUUCUAACGAUUCUAACGAAGUAGCGCUUGCGCGCGCCACACACCCUCGGGUUUGCUGCUCUACGAUCGGAAACGCUCGAUUUUUCUUCGUCCUCUCCACAGCAGACGCGGAUUUUCGGACUUUAUUCCUAUUCUAUCUUCUAACUGGCACUUUUCCCCAUUCUCUUCUAUCUAUCUUUCGUCCACUUAACAUUUUAUCUUUAUGUAAGUCUCUUUAGGGUGCCUAUUGAUUGCGGUGGUUACGGCUUCUUUUUCCACCUCGAUCUUCGAGCCCGUCUAUUAGGAAUUCUUCUUCGUAGAGGAACUCUCUAGAGGAGGAGGGUCUAUCCUGAAAUGGAGUCAGACUUAACUAGGAGCACAUAAAGAUUGGUCAGAGCUUCGGUUUCGAAUAACAUAAAUGGUCGUUAACGAAGUCCAAGGCUGCGAAAUCAUCGUACGACAAUCAUUCGUCAAGAGCAGAGUGUACUAUCGUUUCUCGUUUGUAUAUUUGCUUCAAUAGGCACCCUGCUAGUUUUCUAUUCUUUCUUGACUCGACUCUCAAUCAUCGCUAUCAUCAUCAUCAUCGUCGUCAUCGUCAUCAUUAUCAUUAUCACUAUUAUUCACCACCAUCACAGUCACCAACCCGGUACCAACACCUCCUCGACAAAUAAAAGAAAUACGAAACAGCAUUGAAAGCGCGCCGUACAACACGUGUACGUACCUAAUCUACGCAUCGUUAUUAUAAUCCUUUAUUUUUCAGGGAUUGCCCUGCCAAAUUCGCUCGCUGCGCGAACAUAGCGCGCCUUCUCUCUCGCGCGAUAUGUACAAGUCUCGUUUCUUCGCGUGUCCCUUCGGAUCGUCGAUGACCGUUCAAGUGGCCAAGAGAAAAAUUGUCGAGAAACGAUUUUUUUCUCAAGUGCCUGAAUAGAUACGCGCGUUCGACAACGGCGAAAAAGGAAUUGUUUGACAAAGAAACCUGGAGAAGGGAGUGUCUAGAGGGAUGUCGAGUCACGUGAUAUUGUAACCACACACGGUAACGGUAUUACGCGAAGUGGCCGUUAAGUGGUCAUUUUCGAUCCAUCGUGAAAAAAGAAGAAAAUGUAAAAGUUUCCAAAUUGAAAUAUUUCUUCUCUUCUUUUCUUGGAACAAUUGUACAUACGUAUUGUUCAGAUGCGAGAUUAAUCUAGCGAACUAUGAGAAGCACAAAAUUAGAAAAUUUUGCGAUUCUCCCUCGGAUCCUCGCGAGGCAAGAGGUACAAGCGCGCACGUUCUCGCACUCUGCGAUUCGGUAGGGCAAUCUAACGGCAGAAUUGGACAUGUAGGAAUUCUGUUAUUUAUUGAGUGUCAUAUUAUCGACAGUUCCGAAUAAAGACGUUCUGUGGAAAGAUCGAAA